AUGAGCACGCCGCCACCAGGUGCCCCGAUCCAGAUCGACCCCUUCCAGACAGUUGCACGAGAGAUGAAGUUCCUGACGGGGAAUAUACGGCAAUUGCUAGGCUCAGGACACCCGACGCUGGAUACCGUGGCCAAGUACUACACUCAGAGUGAGGGGAAAUAUGUACGACCCAUGCUAGUCCUGCUCAUGAGCAGAGCAACGGCAUUGACACCGCAGUCUGCCAGAGCUGGGGGAAAUGGGAGCAGAAGUGUGGACAGCUCGCUCACUCACCCGUCGAUACUACUAGACGAAAACCCGGAGACAAGUCCAAUCAGCACUAUACAGCACGAUGCCGCCUACACUGCCGAAGAUAGCGACAUCCUGCCGUCACAGCGCCGCCUUGCUGAGAUUACUGAACUCAUUCACACUGCUUCUCUCCUCCAUGACGACGUCAUCGAUCACUCUGUCUCCCGCCGCUCCGCGCCCUCGGCGAACCUCGAGUUUGGAAACAAAAUGGCCGUGCUAGCUGGCGACUUCCUCCUCGGCCGCGCCUCCGUCGCGCUGGCACGGUUACGAGAUCCCGAGGUAACCGAGUUGUUGGCGACGGUUAUUGCAAAUUUGGUCGAGGGCGAGUUUAUGCAGCUUAAGAACACGGCGAGGGAUGAGAAGAAUCCAUCUUGGACCGAAGACACCGUCUCUUAUUACCUGCAGAAGACAUACCUCAAGUCCGCCUCGUUGAUCAGCAAGUCCUGCCGCGCCGCUGCUAUCCUAGGUGGUUCGACGCCAGAGGUGGUCGAGGCGGCGUACCUGUACGGCAAGAACCUGGGCCUCGCAUUUCAACUGGUUGAUGACAUGCUGGAUUACACCAUUAGUGGAGAGGAGCUGGGGAAGCCUGCGGGUGCGGAUCUGGAGCUAGGACUUGCGACGGCGCCAUUGCUGUUUGCAUGGAAAGAGAAUGGAAGUCUUGGGCGGUUGGUGGGGCGGAAGUUCAGUGGGGAGGGCGAUGUCCAACGGGCCAGAGAGAUUGUAAGCCAAAGUUCCGGACUGGAGCAAACGCGCGCGCUCGCCCAGGAGUAUGUCGACAAGGCGAUCGAGGCGAUAUCAUUCUUUCCCGAGAGCGAAGCGAAAACCGGCUUGAUCGAGAUGUGUACCAAGGUCAUGAAGAGGAGAAAGUGA